GAGCGGCCGCCGCUGCGGAGCGAGCUGGCCCCUGGCGCUGUCGGCCGCGGCCCCCGGAGCAGCCCGCGCGGCCCCGCCCGCCCGCUCCGAGCCAUGUUGCUGCUGCUGGCGGCCGCCUGCGUCGUGGCCUUCGUGCUGCUGCUCUACAUGGUGUCGCCGCUCAUCAGCCCCAAGCCCCUCAAGCUGCCCGGCGCCCACGUCGUGGUAACUGGAGGUUCCAGUGGAAUUGGAAAAUGUGUUGCUAUUGAAUGCUAUAAGCAGGGUGCAUUUAUAACUCUGAUUGCAAGAAAUGAGAGCAAGCUGCUGCAGACAAAGAAAGAAAUUGAAAAAUACUCUGUUAACGAUAAACAGGUUGUGCUUUGUAUAUCUGUUGAUGUGUCUAAAGACUAUGGACAUGUGGAGAACGUCCUUAAACAAGCUCAAGAGAAGUUGGGUCCAGUUGACAUGCUUAUAAACUGUGCUGGAACAUCAAUUACAGGAAAAUUUGAGGAUCUUGAAGUGAGCUGUUUUGAAAGGUUAAUGGCAGUCAACUACUUUGGUAGUGUUUACGCAAGCCAUGCCGUAAUUGCUACCAUGAAGGAACGAAGAAUGGGAAGGAUUGUGUUUGUAUCAUCUCAGGCUGGACAGGUGGGACUAUUUGGUUACACAGCUUAUUCUCCAACCAAGUUUGCUCUUCGAGGAUUGGCUGAAGCUCUGCAAAUGGAGGUAAAGCCUUAUAACAUCUAUGUAACAGUUGCCUAUCCUCCAGAUACUGAUACACCUGGCUUUGCAGAAGAAAUCAAAACAAAGCCUUUAGAGACUAAACUAAUUUCAGAAGCCUCAUCUGUUUGCCAAGCAGAACAGGUUGCCAGAGUUAUUGUUAAAGAUGCCAUACAAGGAAACUUUAACAGUUUUAUGGGCUCAGAUGGUUACAUGUUAUCAGUACUGACCAGUGGAAUGUCACCUGUCACUGCUAUUACUGAAGGUCUUCAGCAGGUUGUUUGCAUGGGCCUUUUUCGCAUCAUUGGUUUGUUUUACCUAGGAAGCUUUGACAGCAUAGUUCGUCGCUGCAUGAUACAAAGAGAAAAAUCUGAAAGUACAGAUAAAACUAAAUAAUCUUUACUCACUGAAUCAGAAGAAUGUUACUUUUGGACAGCUUGCUGCUAAAUGGGACUUAGUUUCUCACAUAAAGACUUUCAUUUAAAUGCUUUGAAAUGGAAGUUAAAGAGAACAAAAGUACAACCCCAGGAAAUACCAAAACUAUGCAAAAGUAUGAAUGAAGACUAGUUUUUUCAAUGGUUUGAGUUGAAGAAACAUUUGUGAAUCUAGAGACUCUAAGUGUGAAGAGUAAAAUUUCAAAGUGGGUUAUUUGCUGGUAAUUCUGGACAAAUACUUAGGUUUUCUUUCUUUGAUGGUGUGUUCAGAGAUAAGGGUAAGUACCAUCACACAUUGAACCUAAGAAGUUUGAACUCUCCUUGAAGAGAGUUUAGGCUCCUAAUAGAUUUCCACAACCAUAUUUUAACUUUGAAUGGUCGGAUUACUUUCCCCAUUGUCAGUAAAUCAGUAAACAGACUUAUCCAUGGCUUUCAUCUUGCACUACUACGGCUGUGGGAUCUUUAGGUGGGGGAGCCAUACCUAUAUGAUCCAAAGCGUCUCAGUGUGGGAGUAGUUGAGGUAUGCUUUAGUAGCUACAUACUCUUCUAAAGGGAGAUGAAGAACCCAUUCUCCACUGAGAAAUACUGGGAAAUAUUUUUUUAGCCUUCUGAAAUACCUUCUAAACAAAUCAAACCAUUAGAACAACAAGUAGUUAAAAUUGCUGAAAGCCACAAUCUAAUUUUAAAUUGAUGUAUAAUCUUCUAAUGUAUUCCCUUUUAUCUGUCAGUUGAGCUGAGGAGAGAAAGGUAGCUUAAUGUUGCCAUUAUGCACAUUUUUAAAAACUGCAAAUGAUGAGCCAAACAAGUAGUUGAUAGAAUCGGUUGUAAUUAAAAUGUUAAUUUAAAAUGCUAGGCUCUUCCAGUAGCAGGAAUGUAGCUUUUGGAGGGGACGUGGGGGUCAAAAUGGCAUUCCAGAUUAAUUUAUCCCUGGAUGUGAGUAUACUUGUUAGGAUGACAAGGUCUGGUUUAAAAAUACACUCCACUCUUGGUUUUUAUUAGAUGCACAUAUGAAUCAAGACUGCUUCACAUCUGUGCCAGACUACACUGAACCCAAUUAUUUUCUAACACUGAAAAUGCUUAGUUCGUAACAAUGAUAGCACAUAAAGAGAUUGUGAUAUAUUGUUCAGUUGGACUACUACAGUAAGUGCCUCUGAGUCUUCUUUUGCAAAAGCUGCAUCUUUCAUAUUUGUUAGCACUCCUACAUUGUUAGAUGUCAGGGUUUUUUUUAGUCUCAAUCCAUAUUUUAAAGUUUAAACCUUAACUGGUAAAAUUUGUCAUGCUCACUUCCUCCACAGGAAUAAAGUUUAAUCAAAUAUUGGGUGAAAUUGAUACUGUUUCUUAGUCUUCUAUGUCCCUCAUCUAAGGAAUGGUUUAAUGAGACACUAUAUGCUAAAAUAUUUUUUCUUAUCUUGCAUUUUUAACUGGAAUAACUUCAAAAACAUAACUCCUCAUUGAUACUAUUGUCCCCCCCACCCCCCUGAGUGCAAUUAGUCAAUUUAACUUAUUGGGUUUCUUGCAUUAGCACGGUGCUGCAAUGUUUGCUCUGUAAACCCUAUAGGGGAGUAUUCAAACUGACAGUCUAAACAGUUUCUCAUUAAGUUUGGGGGCCAACCUACCAGAGUGCCUCUUUAAAUAUGUAAAAUUUGCAUGCCUCUAAUUAUCAGACGAAUGCAUAGAUUUGAGCAUAGUAGGCAUCCUUACAAUUCUAAACAGCUGAGUUUCACAGCAGAAGAAGCUAUUUUGCAUAUACAUUAGUUGCUCUGUGCUGUUUGUUAUGGAUUGUGUAUUAUGGAGCAUUUACAAUAACAUCCAGAGUCAUUGUUUGCUUUGUUUAUUGAAAGUCAUCACAGCCCAUUCUCUCAGGACCUGAUGUAUCUUACUAGUGUGUCUAUUAUACCAAGCCUUAAUAUAAAUCAAGAAUAAGAUUAAAUAAAAGUGUUCAAACCAGAUACCAAGUCAAUGAGUUAGUAUUUCUGACAAAAUGCUAAAAAUAACAUCAAGUUUCUGACUUGUAUCAAAAGCCUGAAGGCCAAGAUUUCAAAAGCAACUAGGGAUUCUGGGUGCCUCAAUUUCUGGGUGAACUUUUAAGUCUUAAGGACUGUUUUUUCAGAAAGUGCUGAGUACCCAAACUGAAAAUUGGGCCCUGUUUAAAGUAUCAUAAGUUGGGUAGCCAGUCACUAACCAGUUUUGAAAAUGCUGGUUGAAGACUCCAAAUUAAGUCUGGUGCUUGCUCUUAAAGUUUAUACUUAAAUUAAUUCAGUAGUCUUAUCUAACAUCCCAUGGCCCAAAUCCUGCAGAGAGAUGUGCAUUUGCUUAACUUUGCACAUUGUAAGUAGUCCCAUUGACUAUGGCCUAGUCUACACUUAAAAUUUAGGUCGACAAACAGGUGUGUGAAAAAUCCACAUCCCUGAGUGUUUGUAGUUAUGCCAACCUAACCCCUAAAUGUAGAUAAAUCUAAGAAUGCUUCCGUCUAUCUAGCUGUCAUUGCUUGGGGAGGUGGAGUUCCUACAGUACUGAAAGAAACCCUUCUGUCACCAUAGACUGCAUCUACAUUACAGGGUUACAACCAUAGCUAAGUAAGGCUUUGCAGAUUAAACCCUAUAUCUAUUUUAGUAGUGUGAACCAGGUAAGUAAAGAAUUUGAUCUUUAAAUGUCAUAGUUUUGUUAGUGCAAGCUAGUGUAUUUAGUUAACUAAUUGACACUUUCAUAUAUAUUAGGAUUCUGCGGUUGUUCAUUACUUUUGUCAAAAGAGCCUAAUCUGGAAAUAAUCAGAGCUAAGGGAUUCUAAUAAGUUUUUAGCAUAAAGCUGUAAACAUCAGGAGAGAGCUAAAAACAAGAAUACUUUGUAAUCUUGUGGAAAAGAUGACUGACAGCCUACAGAUUGUCGUCAGCUAAACUUAAUCAAGAUACUCGCAUCUAAUUUUUUUCAGUAGAGCCACAGAUCUCUGAAGUAUUUAAAACAAAACACUCUUUACCACCUUUUUGUCAAAUUAACAAUAUGUAAUCGAUGCUAUAACCAGACUCAAAUGUUAUGCCUUUUUUUGAAUUCUUCUAAACAUUCAAUUUAAGUUUUGAUAGUUGAGCCAAAAUGUUUCUCUUACAUUUCAUUUAGUUUCUAGUUACUGCUUUAAUGUUAGACUUAUUAUACAGUAUACUUUCUAACUAAAAUUCUGGUUUAUGUGCAAUUUAAGUAGGUUUAAUAUUUACUAAGAAGGAAAUAGUAAAUUACAUGUUAGUUUGCUGUGAAACACUCUAGGCACUUUUAAAUGGUAAAAAUGUAUAUGGCUGUUUUUAAAAUCUAUCCCAUCUCCAGUUUAUUGCUUUAAAAGCUUUUGUGCCAGAACUGUAAACUAAUUUUCAUGUUUUGUAUUUCUCAAAAUAAAUGGAGGAACAAAAAUGCUUAUUCUGAA